AUGCGUCUUCUCAAAUCCAGGACCGACGACAGCUUCAGCCCGACAUGGUUUGCACCGAGUAGUACCCCCAACUAUGUUACUCUUUCCCAUCGAUGGGAAGGGGAUGAUCAAGAGAUUACUCUCCAAGACCUGAAGGAUGGCUCAGCAAAAGGCAAACUCGGCUACAGCAAGGUUCGAUUUUGUGCAAAUCAGGCCAAGAAUGACGGCCUAGAGUACAUCUGGGUUGGCAGCUGUUGCAUUGAUAAAUCUAAUAAUUCAGAGCUCGCUGAGGCUAUUAUCUCAAUGUUUCGAUGGUAUCGAAAUGCGGCCAAGUGUUAUGUCUACCUUGGAGACGUGCCAUCAAAGCAUAACUCAUGGUUAUCAGACUUUGAGAAGAGCCAGUGGUCCAAGCGCGGUAACGUCGAAUUCUAUGCCAAAGAUGGACAGCUGCUCGGCACCAAAUUUACAUUGCAGGAUCAUAUUCAUAACAUCACAGGCAUAGAAAGGUCGGUACUGCAAGGCGACAACAUGAGCACUUUCAGCAUCAAGUAA